UGUGUGUGUGAUUUGUGUAUAUAUUAUUGCUUUGCUUGUGAGUUGUGACACGAUUUGUUUUAGUUCUAUGUGUUUUAAUGGUUCUUUGGUGUUUAUAUGAGUUGAGUUUGUUGGGAUCACAUUGGAAUUCUAACUAUGAAAGGUAGUUUCUUGGUGUCUUCGUUCUUAGUUUAUUUUUAUUUAUGUAUUUUUAUAUAUUUCUGGGUUUAAUUUAAACUUCGAAUGUUGAGUUCAUUUGAUCCAAAUUGUUUUUUGUUUACAGAUUAAUGUACUUGUUGGUUCUCAUUUUUUUAUGUUAAAGUUGUUUUUUAAUUUUUUUCUUUAUUUUUAAUCCAUGGUUGGUUCUUCGGGAUGGUUUAAAAUAGAUUUGGGGUUCAAUAUUUUGUGAUGGGUUCGUACGAACACCUUUUUAUCUGUUUCCUGUGGUUGUUAAUUUUUAUAUUUUAUGAUGGGUACGUGUGGUUUUUGCUGUUUCUGGUUUGAGCAUUUCAUCGUCUUUGUGGGAAAGAUUUUCUUUGCCUUCAAUUAUUAUUAUUAUUAUUAUAAUUUUUUUUUUAAAGUUGGUACUCACACCCUCCAAUAAAUUGUUUGCACCAAAAGGAGUCGAACUUUAGCAGUGAUACUUCCCGAGUCACCAGGGCCAAAUGACUUACCCACAUGAGCGCUUGGGUUUCCCCUAUCCGAUCUUCAUUUGAUCCAAAAUGUUUUUUGUUUUGUAUUUUGAGGUUAAUAUACUUGUGGGUUCUCAUUUUUUUUAUGUGAAUUUUUUAGUUUAUUUAUUUAUUUUUCUUGUUUAUUAUUAUUAUUUACCUAUGGUUGGUUCAAUGGGGAUGGCUGAAAAUAAAUUUGGGGUUCAGUAUUUUGUGAUGGGUUUGUCCGACCACAUUCAAUCUGUUUCCUGUGGUGAUUGUUAAUUUUCAAAUUUUUUUAUGGGUUGAUACUACGUCAAUAUUUAUAUGUGGUUUUUGCUGUUUCUGUUUUGAGCAUUUCAUUGAUUUUAUGGGAAAGAUUGUUUUUGCCUUCCACCAUCUGUUCUACUGUGUGUUUGCAGGAUACUUUGUUAUUUUCUAAAAGAUUGUGGCAUUGAAUUUCUUUUUAUGCUAUGUUUGGCGGCACUGAAUCGGCGCCUUGGAUUUGGGAUUGGAAAAAAUUUAGUAUAAUUCGGUGCUCCCAAACGUAACGUUACUUCUAUCUUGGUGGAAUUUCUUGCUUGCUUUCUCAUGAGAUUUUAAUUAUUGGCUCAGGUCCACUUUUUGGGAAUAAAAAUUGUAGAUAUAAAUGAUACAGUUAGAAUGUACACAAUUAUAAUACCUCUACUUUUAGAACUGUACUUUUUAAAUGGAUCAUCAAACCUUUGUGAAUGAACAAAUUUGUAUCUGUGCUUCACUUAUAUAUUGAUAUAGUUGCCUUUGUGCUUGUUUUACAAGUGUUUGUUACAGUAUGUGCUUUUCCCUGGUCCAUUUUUCCCUUGUUCUGGUCGUGAUCUUUGAUGAACCAAUGACAUGAAGUUCAUUUAAACAGCAUAUAUUUUCUGCUGAAACAGCAAUCCAUCUCAUUUAUACUUGUAAAAACCCAUGCUUGAUUCACUACUUUUUUGCUCCUUCUGUGGUGUCCUGUUCCAUGCAUAUCCCGUCUCCAAGUUUUUAAAUUCAUAUGCUCCAUUAAGGAAUCAAAGGAUAAUCACUUGUCAGACUCGCAUAGACUUACUCCAACCGAAUGACAAUGGGGAUUGGGUUGAGGACACAUUUUCUCCAGUUGUAUCUGGUGGAUACAAUGUCUUCGGAGAUCCAGAUGUGCUUCCUCGAGUUGGAGAUCAGUAUCAGGUUGAAAUCCCACAACUACUCACAAAAUCUGAUUACCUUUCUUACACAAGGAACCCAACUGAUGCAGAUAUUGUUGUUGUUCCUUGUGACUUUCUAAUGGGAUUACCUGUACCAAUUAUGUGGAUCAAUAAGCAAGUUGGAAACAUGAAAAAUGAAGGGGUAGGAUUGUUUGAUGAUUUAAAUGAUAAAUCCAAAAUGACUGCCCAUUUUGAAUCUGAAAGCAUAAGAGAGGCCCAGAUUAACUUAAAAGAUGAAGAUCUAAAAGUCGAGUCUUUAGCAUUGGACUUUUGGACUCAAUCUGGAGGAUCACCAAACUUAGCCUUGGAGCAAGAAAUGAGAAAUCAGGUGCAUCAGGAUUACAGAGGCCUAGGCUACUUAGUUCCUGGAUCCUUUGGUGAUUCAUGGAGUAGUAAUGAAGAGGCAAGCUUCAUCCUUGGCUUAUAUAUCUUUGGGAAGAACCUUGUUCUGGUGAAGAGAUUUAUUGAGAGUAAAAAUAUGGGAGAUAUACUGUCAUUCUACUAUGGAAAGUUUUAUAGGUCCAAUGGAUACCGUAGAUGGUCAGACUGUCGAAAGAUGAGAAGCAGAAGAUGUGUGUAUGGGCAAAAGAUUUUUACUGGAUUGAGGCAGCAGGAGCUGUUAUCUCGUUUGCUUCCCCAUGCAUCUGAAGAAUGCCAAAAUAGUUUGUUGGAGAUCUCUAGGACAUUCGGAGAGGGCAAGAUGUCAUUUGAAGAAUAUGUCUUCAAUUUGAAAGCUAUUAUUGGGAUGAAAAGACUUGUGGAGGCAGUGGGAAUUGGUAAAAGGAAGCAAGAUAUCACGAGGAUUGUAUUGGAGCCUCCAAAGUCCAAUCAUGUUAUUCCUGUGCGCUCAGAGAUGCCAAUUGGCAAAGCAUGCUCAUCUCUUACACCCAGGGAAAUUAUGAAGUUCCUAACUGGAGAUUUUCGGUUAAGCAAAGCUCGAUCAAAUGAUUUAUUUUGGGAAGCCAUUUGGCCUCGUUUGCUUGCAAGAGGAUGGCAUUCAGAGCAACCUAAGAACCAGAGUUAUGCUGCUGGUUCCAAGCACUGCUUGGUCUUUCUUAUGCCUGGUGUUAAGAAGUUCUCGAGAAGGAGACUAGUGAAAGGAAACCACUAUUUUGAUUCUGUUAGUGAUGUCUUGAGUAAAGUUGCUUCAGAACCGGGCCUCCUUCAGCUUGACAAUGAAGCAGAUGACUGCAGCAGAAGAAAGGAUGAAUAUGCAUGGACCAGUGAAGCAAAAUUGGAACAAGAUGACCUAUCUGAGCGGCAACCUCAUUGUUACCUUCAGCCUCGAACUCCAAAGUGCAGCACAAAGCUGAUGAAAUUUACUGUUGUGGACACAAGUCUAGCUGAUGGAAAAGCAUUCAAUGUGAGAGAAUUGAGAACUUUGCCAGUUGAUGCUUCUAAAAACACCAUAUCUGAAGUUCAUUGUGAAGAGAGUGAAGGGGAUACUUCUGUGUUUUCAACUGAUGAAUCAGACUCUUCUAAUUCCACGUCAUUUGAUGAAAAAGAGACUAAUUUUUCCAAACACACAAAGGCUGCAUCUGAUGUGGGAUUGAUUUUUGAUGGGAGAAAUCUUCAAUUUGGUGCUUUGAAACAGGCAAUUCCAAUUAAUGGUCCAGAUUCUAAAAAUGCACCUUUGAAAAUUGCCAAAGACUGCAGCAAUUUGUGCGCAGAGAAGCAACCAAGAAAGUCUGCAAAGGGCAAUUUAAAGUGGAAGCUGAAACAAGAGACCUUCAAAUAUUUAUCCCCCGUCACAAAACGACGUCGGAAAUUAACUGCUUGUAGUCAUGCAGAGACAAACCAUGGCAUGAUCGGUUCCUCAGUGCGUGCCAGAUUGGAACAAGAGAAGCACAAUUGCUGCUCAGAUACUCAGGAUUCAAGUGAAAACAUCACUUGGACAGGUUCAUCUCGGAAGAGGGUGUCAUCCUUCAGUUCAUCUAAAGGCAGCCCUUCUGAGAGCAGUGGCGGCAUUUUCUGUGACACUGUUUUUGGCGCAGAACAUCCUUGUGAGAAACCUCAAACCCGAACCUUGAUUGACCUGAAUGUACCUCAAGUCCCAUCAGAUUUUGGUACAGCUGAAAUCUUCGAAAUGGAGCUGAGAGAAGGGCAAGAUGAUCAAAUGAGCAACCAGCCAGAUGUUAAUGAAAAAACUUCUAUGGUUGUGGCUAGUUCUGAGCAGCAGCCUAACAUGAACUCCCGGAGGCAGAGUACGAGAGUCAGGCCACCGACUGCAAGAGCUUUGGAAGCUCUUGCAAAUGGGUUCUUGACCACAAAAACAAAUAAGAAGCGGAAGGGUACAGAAGUCAAUCCACGAGAGAACUUGACAUCAAGACCUUCUCGGCGUGCCCGUUGUGGGGUGGGCAUCACUGAGAAGUUUGGUAUCUGUACUGUGGCUUCCAAGGCAGAAGAAGGUGGAAAUGGUGUCUGUAACGGUAAAAGGGACACCUUCAGCAAAUCUCCGGUUCUAUCCAAGGGAAACAUGACUCGAGUUUCAGGCUCCUAAAUUAGUCGAAUGUUAAAGUUUCCAGCUUGAAAUAGGAGAAUAUGACUUGCAGCAUUGUUGUUCGUUCUAAUAUGCUGUUGCAUGAUGAAUGCUUUGGUCUAUUAGAACAAUGAAAGGGUUCUUGCUGCAACUUCUGUUUGGCUGUCCUGACAACUUGUGAUAUAAAGAGACAGCUAUUAUCUUUCAGCUUCCAAUUGGUGGUCACUGAAAGACGGGACUCUCAUAUAGUUUCCGAAUCUUUCUUAGAUGCUAAAUUUAUCAGAUGAAGCAACAGCAGCUACGAGUAUUGGAUUAGAGACGAACGAUAAAGUGGAAAUUCUGCUCCAAUGCUGCUUUUUUUGGGUAAGAUCAGUUGACAAAACCAUACUCUUGCAUUGGCUGAUCAUACUUGUUCAGUAACUGAGGGCUGGACUGCCUUUUUUGGUUAAGAUUGUUUUUGGUUAUUUCUGCUGCUUCUGUGCCGAUCAAGUUUAUGUAACUAUGCUGCUAUAUCGUACCGAUAGAGUCCAGGAUAGUCCACACCAGUUCUGGAUCAACUUUCUUCUGACAAAUUCUCAAACUUCUGUCUCCAUUCGUCGAGAUAACAAUUUGUGAUGCUUGGUUGGCUGCCGAGUAAGAGCAAAAUAAGAUCGAGAACUUGGAACCCUAUGAUCUGGGCAUUAAAAUUCGACUUUAAUGUUGCUUGUUUCAUUUGGAUAUAUAUAUGUAUGUUUACUUUCAGAUUUUGGUCUUUUAAGUUGCUUCAAUAAGCAAAUGUGAUAUAUGGCAAUAUAUGUUUUGUAAUCACCUUGUCUAUGGUUAAUUCAUUUGUUUCUUCAUGCCUGUACUGAAAGUAGUCAGUAUGCAAUAUAUGUUCUGUACCAUAAUUGUCUCUA